UACGACACGUGCCGGGAAGCGCUUGUGUGUGUUUAUAAAACGUGAGAGUAUGUGUUUUACAGUAUGCUUAAAUAAUUUGAGGACAUGAGAAUUAGUGAUUUAAAAUCAUAUUAACACUUUGAUCCACAGUAUACAGAAAUGUCACGAUUAAUUGUGAAAAACUUGCCAAAAACUAUUACAACAGAAAAACUUCAUGAAAUAUUUAGUGAGAAAGGCAUUGUAACAGAUGUCCAGUUGAAGUAUACAAAGGAUGGAAGGUUUCGUCAAUUUGGAUUUGUAGGUUUUAAGACUGAAGAAGAAGCAGAAAAUGCUGUAUUGUACUUUAAUAAUAGUUGUAUCAAAGCAUCUAGGAUAAAAGUUGAAUUAUGUGCUGGUUUAGGUGACCCAAGUAAACCAAAGGCAUGGAGUAGAUAUGCACCAGACAGCUCAGCAUUUAAGAAACAACAUGGAGUAUUUAAGGAAAAAGAAAUUGAAGAGAAUAAUAGGAAGUCCGGUGAGGAAAAAAAGAAAGACAGUAAAGUGCAAGAACUUGUAGACAAGCAUAAAAAUGAUCCAUUGUUUGUUGAAUUUAUGGAGACUCAUGCAAAAGGUACCAAAGCUCUAUGGAGUAAUGACACAUUGUUGAAUGAAGACUCAAAAAAUAUAAGGCCUGAGAAAGAACCAUCCUUAUUAGAUGCAGAUGAUGAUUCAGGUCAUGAAAGUAAUGUUGUCUCAGAAUCCGAAGAUGAAGAGGAAGUGAAAGGGAAUAUUGCCAAGAAAAAAAUCUCUGACCUAGAGUAUUUGAAGAUGAAGACUGUGAGAGAAGCAGAAGAAGAUAAUUAUUUGAAGAAAGAAAAGGGGGAUCAUUUGGAGUUAAAACUUGAGAAUAAACCACAGAUGCCAUCAGUUCAGUUUUUCACAGUAAAAGUCAGGGGCUUGGCAUACAAAGCUAAGAAGAAAGAUGUCAAACAGUUUUUUCACCCUCUGAAACCUAAAAGUGUCAGGUUACCUCCAAAAAGCAAAGGCAUUGCUUAUGUUGGUUUCAAAUCAGAGAAAGAAGUGAGGCAGGCUCUAAUCAAACAUUUAACUUUCUUAGCUGGAAAGAGGAUAAUGGUAACAAAGUAUGUAGAGAAGGACACCAUAUCCAAAACUGUAACAGGAAGGGACAGCAGUAAGUGGAAGAACCAAGAAGAAAAUUUGAAAAAUGAAGAGACCAUAGCAGAAUCUGGAAGAAUCUUUGUUAGAAAUCUUGCCUACACAAUCAGUGAGGAUAAUAUUGAACAACUUUUUAGUAAGUUUGGUCCAAUAACUGAAGUCAUAAUGCCUGUGGAUCGUAACACAAGAAAAGUGAAGGGUUAUGCUGUUGUGACUUUUCUUGUUCCUGAGAAUGCUGCCAGAGCAUUCAUGGAAUUGGAUGGUUCCAUAUUCCAUGGACGAAUGCUUCAUCUGCUUCCAGGAAAAGCCAAGCAGUCCUUAGAAGAACUCAUGGAAAAGGAGGGGAUGACAUUCAAACAGAAGCAAUUACUGAAGAAGAAAGCAGAAGCUGCCUCGUCCCAUAAUUGGAACACACUGUUUUUGGGUCAGAAUGCUGUGGCAGAUCUAAUAGCCGAGACAUACAACACAACAAAAGAUAAGGUUCUGGAUUCAAGUGGAAAACAAAGUGUAGCUGUAAGAUUGGCUUUGGGAGAAACACAAAUUGUAUCCCAGAUACGAGAAGUUCUGGAAGAGAGUGGUGUCCAUCUUGAUGCUUUCAAUCAGGCUCCAAAACAGAGAUCCAAAACAGUUAUCCUGGUAAAAAAUCUGCCAGCUAGGACAUCACUGACAGAGAUCCAACAGAUAUUUAUGAAGUAUGGGGAGUUGGGACGAGUUGUCAUGCCACCCACUGGUGUUACUGCUAUUGUGGAGUUUCUGGAACCAUCUGAAGCAAAGAUUGCCUUCACAAAAUUGGCAUAUACUAAAUUUAAACAUUUGCCACUUUAUUUGGAAUGGGCUCCAUCUGAUACCUUCAAAAUGCCAUCAUCGAAACCAAGCAAGGAGAACAAGACUUUGGAGAGUAGUGAGGUAGAAGGUGGUAACUCCAGCAAGGAGAAUGUUUCAGCAGAAACAGGCAACAGCAGUGGUGAUUCAUCUGAUGAAGAUGAGCCUCCUGAACCAGACACCACACUCUUCAUCAAGAAUCUGAACUUCAGCACAAAUCAAGAGGAUAUUAGAGAACAUUUUAAGAAAUGUGGUCCAGUUCAUGAAGUGUCAGUGGCAAUGAAGAAGGAUCCAAAGAACCCAGGACAGCUUCUCUCUUUGGGCUAUGGCUUUAUCCAAUUUAAGAAGAGAGCUGGUACUGAGAAAGCUCUUAAGACCCUUCAGCAGUCUGUUUUAAAUGAGCAUGCCAUAGAACUAAAGCGCUCCAACAGAACCAUGAAGACUGAGGUUCAUACAACUAGAAUAAGGACCAAGAUUGGAAAACAGACGGGCACCAAAAUUUUAAUUCGGAAUAUUCCUUUCCAGGCAACAAGAAAUGAAGUCAUGGAUUUAUUUAAAACGUUUGGUGAACUGAAGGCAUUAAGGUUACCCAAGAAAAUGGUGGGUACUGGAUCACACAGAGGAUUUGCAUUUGUUGACUACUACACAAAACAUGAUGCAAAGCGAGCUUUCAAAACCUUGUGUCAGAGUACGCACUUGUAUGGGCGUCGUCUAGUACUGGAAUGGGCAGCUGCUGAAGAAAAUGUUGAAGAGCUUAGGAAGAGAACAGCAGAGAACUUCAGUGAGGGUCCAUUGCAUAAAACUCUGAAGAAGAGCAUUGUUACACAUGAUGCAAAUGAAGACUUGGAUUGAAGUGAAAAUUAUGAUAGAAUUCUAUGAGCAGAAUUGAUGAAACUUGAUGCUUGAAGAUAAUCUUAUACUGUACAUGCAAAAGUAAUUAAAAUCUUGCUCUUCAUAUGUUUA